GCGAAAGAUAAGAAGGGCCGUUUCGCCGCGCUCCGAUCUCGCGUUUUUAUCAAGGAAAAAACGCUGCUUCAAAUGGUGUGCAAUUAAUUUGUCGAGAGUGAGGAAACUCGUAUUGUGGAAUUUGUGAACGGAACAGUGUGUGUGUGAGAGUGGAUUUUUGUGGGUUUUUUCUCGAGAGACACGCGGUGAAAUUGUGCAGAAAAGAAGUGGUUGGAAAGGAGCGAAAGAUGAAGAAAUAAAUCACGCCGAGAGGAGAGACUUUUGGCGACACAGAACAUCCAUUGGAGGAGGAAGAGAGGUGAGGAGCACACGAAACCGGUUCCACGGCUUCUUACCUGGUCCGGCCGAACUUACCUCUGAUAAGCACAAAAAAAAAGAUCAAUUAACUCCCUAAAAAUACGCAUCGGAGGAGUGCUUUCAUGUAGGAUAUUUCCAGAGAAAGAGAGAGAGAGUGGCUGAGCCUCGCGGGGGAGGAUGACGACUUGCAGCAGUUCAAGAGAUCUGCCCGAAUUGUGAGUCAAAUGAAGAAAUUCCACUUGUCUCGUGCCUCUCGUGCUUCGGAUGAGUUAUUGGAGGAGGAAUCUCGAGUGAUCUAUGGGACUCUCUAGAGGGGAGACACACUGUGAACACGCACUCAAUUGAUCUACAUACAGAGCCACACUUGAGAUUCCCGGCGAGAUGGCCGAGGAGGCGUCAGAGGAGAUGAAGGGCAUCAAUGCCACGGAGAAGUACACAAAGAAGUUCGAUCCGGAGGAGAUUAGUCCACUUAAGCAGCCCAAACAGGUGACAAAUUCCACUAAUCAAGACACUUCCGUCACCGUCAGCGACAGUCCUGAGGUUAAUCCACCCAAGAAGAAGACAAAGUACAAAAUUACAGAUCACUAUGAGAGUGUCAUCGCGCAACUGGAGCUGAACAAGAGAUCUCAAACUGUGUUCCUCUGCCUCAUUGGACUGUGCAUUGUCCUCGUUGUUGUCCUGAUCAGCAUGAUUGUCUUCUGGCCCAGGAUUCACGACUACAUGACAGCUGAAGUGUGCGUGGACAAGGAGUGCCUCGAUGCCAGUGCUCAGAUCCUAAGGUGGUCUAAUAUAUCCCUGGAUCCUUGUCAGGAUCCCUUCGAAUGGAGUUGCGGAAAGUUCGACAGUGAAUUUCAGCACCACAGUUUUCACGGAAUGCAACGAGGAGAGUGGAACUUCAACUCCCACCUCGAAUACGAGGAAAUCUCCGAAAUUCACUCAUUCAUCUCCAAACUGCCUAAAGACACAGUUUCGUAUUCUGCCCAAGUGAAGAUGAAGGUUUUGCAUAAGAACUGCAUGAAUCUCGAGUCCAGCGAUGAUAUCGAAGGGAUGACAACAGUUAACAAGGCGAUAGCGAACUUGGACGGCUUUUGGAUACUGGGCGACAGUCUGCUCGUGUGGGAUUUUCGCAAGCAAUUCGUGAAGCUGCAGUCAGAAUACGGCGUGUCUCCUUUCGUCCAGAUCCGCGUGGAGAACCGCAAAUCGCCGCCACAUGAUGGCAUCAUCGUGAUUGACGAGGGUGAAGUCAGUCUGCCCAGCAAGAUGUUCUAUCGCCUCGGGCCGCGCAGUGAGAUUGUCGAGGGCUUCAAGAUCCUCCUGCGCGACGUGGCCAUCCUUAUGGGAGUGGUGCACGAUCGGGCGAAGCAAUUCGCCGAGGACAUCUUCAACUACGAGAAGCGCAUCGUCAACACGAUCAACGUGACGCAGCAGAACGACGAUCGGGAGAUCAACAAAGAGGUUUCGCUGGGAAGUGUCAUGAAGAUUGCUCCAUCUCUGCCUCUGCUUGACAUCAUCACCACACUUUAUCCCAACUCGAGAGUGACAGAGAACACGAUGGUUCUGGUGAAAGACCUCGAAGUCUUGCGCUCAAUGUCGAUUGUGGUAUCCACAACAGAUAUUCAAGUCUUGAAUAUGUAUCUCAUUUGGUCUCUGAUUCGACGCUUCCUUCCCUUCAUUUCGCGCGACUACCGGAUAGCUUUGGAGGAGUUUGAGAGUAAACUCUACGGAUUCCGGGAUCCGCCGCCCAAGUGGUAUUUCUGCACAAAACUCGUGAGAGACUGGAUGUCCUUUGGCGUGGAUGUUCUGAGAGAGAAUCCUCAAUUGAUUGUCCUUCAUCAGAAAGACACAACGCAUGAGUCGAAGGUUUUCUUCAGUGAAAAAUUUACCAUCGAUCAAAAUAAUAACAGCGAUGAGUUGGUUAAGUUGAUUUUCUAUCACAUCCGCAACGAACUCAAGAGCUCAGUUAACGAUGACGGACGGAUUAGUGAGAGUUUGAGGACUUUCAUCAGUGAUCGACUGUCGGCUGUUGCUCUGCAAAUCGGAAUUCCCGACGACGCUGCCCAGACAGAUGAGUUCCUGAACUCCUACUAUGAGGACUUUACGCCACAGAGACUCUACUUUCUCAACAACUUGCGUUACAGGUGGAAAUUCAUCAAGGCGAGGACUGAGCUUCGUCUCACGAAUCAGACGAGAAGUGAAAAACUGAUCAACGCUCUCUAUCCAAUUAGCGAUGACGAGGAGAGGAAGUUUGUGCAAUUUCAUCCGGAACUCAACACAGUUGUGGUGUCUAGAAGAGCCCUGCGCAGACCGUAUUUCCACCAAAACUACCCCUUGUCGGUGAACUUUGCCCACAUUGGGAAGGAUUUUGUCGAAGUCAUUGUCGAAGCUAUUAAGUUUCACCAAGAAUCUCACGCCAGAAUGAUGAAUAGCAGCAGAACGACUUCGGGAGAGAACAAAUCCAUCCACGAACUGUUCAGGUGUCUGACGAAGAAGUCUCCGUACGACACAACUUCCGUUCCAAUUGAGGCUCAGAAGAAGCUCUACGUGGACAUUGAGAGCAACAGAAUCCUGCUUCGUGCCUUCAAGUCAUUCCUCAAGAGUAUUGAUCACAAUGUUCCGAUCUACGACAGCACCGUGCCGGAAACUGUCACUUACGACUCCUUCGGGCUCAGGCGGAGACUUCGUCAGCCCGGCCUGAGGAUCUUCAGCGAGACUGAGUUGCUGGUCUUGUCGCAGUUGCAGCGUUACUGCGUUCUUGACGACGCCAGCAGCUAUGAUCGGAUAAAAGUCUUCAUGGAAAUGGAGUUUCCGAGGCGAGAAAUCUUCCAGAUUCUCUGGCAUCACGUGCCCGAACUGAGCAAAGCCUUGUCCUGUGACGUCGAUACUCGUGAAUGUCGUGACGUGUUGUAAGAGUUCACUUAAUGAAUUUACGUCGAUGUAAGUAACCUUCCUAUGCGCAAUAGAUAACUAUGGCAAUAUUACUGAAUUAGAGACAAUAAAACUUUGUAAGUUGUAUUUGUGAGAAUGACUAUAAAUUUUUGGAGUCGCAAAAAAAAUGUAUUGCCAUUAAGAUGCUAAAUAAUCACAGAAAAAUUUCAAGAGAGAAAA